CGGCGGGCGGCGGCGCGGAGGGGAGGGACGGCCUCGCCCUUGCGAGGCGGGAGGAGGCGGCGGCGGCAGCUCCCGCCUCAGGGCGAGCGAGAGCCGCCCCGGCGCUGCCGCUUUCGGUUUCUUUGCCGCGUCGGUACCCGCCCGCCGGCCCUCGGCCCUGGGUGUUCCCGCAGGCACCAUGGCCGAGCCGGGCGCCGUGGCCGGGCUGGAGGAGGAGCUGACCUGUCCCAUCUGCCUGGGCAUUUACAGCAACCCGGUGUCCCUGGGCUGCGGUCACAGCUUCUGCAAGGCGUGCGUGCAGGAGGCCCGCAGCCACCGGCCCUCCCCGCGGGGCCCCUUCACCUGCCCGCUGUGCUCCGCCUGGGCAGACCCCGCCAUGGAGCUGCAGCCCAACGUCCAGCUCCGCAGCAUAGUGCAGAAGUUUCUGGAGGCUCCCGCUCGUCAACAGGAGCAAGAGCGCGAAGGACAACGCGAAGAGGAGGGGGCAAGUUUGGGCCAGCGAGACGGGGUGAUCCUGUGUGACUUCUGCCUUCAGGAGCCCCAGCCAGCCGCGAAGACCUGCCUGAGCUGCGAGGCCUCGCUGUGCGAAGCCCACCUGAGCAAGCACAGCACAAAGAGCCCCCUGAAAGACCACGUCCUGAUGGAGCCCUGCAGUGCUCAUCUUUUGGCUGAGAGGAGGUGCCCCCAGCACGGCAAACUGCUGGAGUGCUACUGCAAGACGGACUCGGUCUGCAUCUGUGUGCUGUGCUGUAUCGUUAGCUCCCACAGAAAACACAAGAUCACCACUUUGGAGGAGGCUUUUGGCCAAGCGCAGAGUGUUCUUCCUGAAACUCUGGCAACAGUGAAAGAACACAAAGCUGCACUGAAUCAAAGCAUAGCAAAUCUGCUGAAACAAGAGGAGGAAGUAAAGGCUAAGGAGAGCCUCCUGAGAGAUCAGCUGGAGACCCUCUUCAAAGAGAUAUGUCUGCAGCUAGAUAACAAAAAAAGAGAGGUCCUGAAAGCUCUCAGUGACUACAAGGAGCAACAGCUUUCUCAGAUUAAGAUGGAGGUACAAAAACACAAAGAGGAGAAGGAUGCAGCCAGCUGCGAUAUACAGGAGCUGGAGGCUCUGAGAGAUCAGAAGGACUUACUACUUUUCAUCAAGAGUUUUGCAGCAAUUCAAGCCAGGAAACGCAAGCCACUUACUAACAAAGAUGGUAUAGAACUGCCAACGCCACCCAUUAUUUUGGAUAAAUUAACAACAGACGCUACUCUAAGGCUUUUCAAGCAAUUCCUCUCAGACAUGCAGUCCUUAUUUGAAGUACCACCUGUUCAGGAACACCUGACUUCUUCAAUGCCUCUAGGACUUAAAUUUGGUUACAGUGCCAACGUAGUCAGUGCAUCCUCACGCGGUCUUCUCCACUUUGGGGUAUCAAAUCCAUCUGAUGCCAUCCAACACGUAAAGAGCAACCAGAGCUUCUCACGGGGCUGUCACUUCUGGGAGGUGGACACCAGCAAUGCAAGCUGUUGGAAGCUUGGAAUCAUUAAUCCCAACUUUGAGUGCUACCUGCAGAUGUCUCAUGAUUCCCUCCAUGUGUUCCUAGGUCAAACAAUGAUCACAGCAAAGGGCUUUUCUACAGCCCUCAAAGUGGUCAGGGUAGAGCUAGACUGCAGAAGAAAUACACUGUCAUUUUAUAAUGUGUCUGUUGAGGAUGGAGAUGCUGCUGAGAGCCUCAGGCUUUUAGAGACAGUAAGCAUCCCUUCAGACUAUCCUGCCUAUGCUACCUUCGGCGUGCUUGACGGCUCUUUGAAGCUCCUGUAGUGAUGUGGCGACAAGGUGGUGUUUUGUGUUUCCAGGCCUAGGUAUCGAGACUGCUGCUGCACGGAGGCUGCGCUAAGCUGACAUAUUAGAAAUUGGAUUUUGGGCUGCUGUGACAGCUCAUCUGUGUGAGAGCAAGGCCUCUCUGGGGUAUAUCGCAGCACACUGCCGUUUACUGCAAGAGCUCCUAUCAUAUUUAUUCUGCUAAUCACAAUGGAAAUACCGUUAAGUUGUGCUUUUUUGCUUGGCUGUAUCAAAUGCUGUGUUGGCUGCAUGUGAUUAAAGUAAUUCAGUUUGCAAAACUCAA